AUGUUAAUACCGAGGAGAGGUCCCAGACUACUCAGUCAGGGAAUAUACCGGUUCUUAUCCACCAAGACAAAAGAAGCUGAGUCAUCAACUCAGUCUAAUCAUGUGAUAUCAUCAAAACAAUUAUUGUAUACAACCGAUCCAACGUCGCCAGGUUCUAUAUUCUUUUUACCCCACGGUACCAGAAUAUUGAACAAAUUGAUACAGUUUAUGAAGAAUCAACAAACCAAGUAUGGAUUUCAGGAAGUAGUCACUCCUUUGAUUUUCAAGACCAAAUUAUGGAAAAAAUCAGGCCAUUGGGACAAUUAUAAAGAUGAUAUGUUCAAAGUUGUUGGUAAUGAUAUAACGAAGGAGGAACAUACUGACAAUAUAGAAGAGCAUGAGUAUGGCUUGAAACCAAUGAAUUGCCCGAGCCACUGCAUGAUAUUUGCUAAAUUUGAUCGAUCAUACCAGGAAUUGCCAGUGAGAUACUCUGAUUUCAGUUCAUUGCAUAGAAACGAAGCUAGUGGAGCCUUAUCGGGAUUAACCAGGGUUAGGAGAUUCCACCAAGAUGAUGGGCAUAUUUUUUGUUCCAUGGAUCAGAUUGACGGAGAAAUUAAAAACACCUUAGAUUUGAUCAAAGACACAUACAAUGUGUUUGGUAUCAACGAAAUUGAGUUUUAUUUGUCAACUAGACCCGAGGAUAAAUUUAUUGGAAAUAUAGAUACAUGGGAUAUUGCAGAGUUGCAAUUGAAGAAUGUGUUGAAUGCCACUGCUGGUGAGGGAAACUGGUCUAUUAGAGAAGGGGAUGGUGCAUUUUAUGGACCAAAAAUAGAUGUAUUAUUAAAAGAUGCCUUCAACAAGAAGCACCAAGUAGGUACCAUUCAACUAGAUUUUCAAUUACCAAAUAGAUUUGAGUUAAAAUACGUUGGUGAAGAUGGUAAACGUGACCAUCAGCCAAUACUUGUACAUAGAGCCGUUUUUGGAUCACUAGAGAGGUUCUUUGCUAUAUUACUAGACCAUUACCAGGGGAAAUGGCCAUUUUGGAUUAAUCCAAGACAGGCAUUAAUUGUUCCGAUCAAUGAGUCACAUGUCCCAGUCGCUGAGGAGUUGCAAAAGAAACUCAGCGGUGACAUUAUUAGUUGUGACAAAAGCAUUGCCCCACUUACAGGGUUCAACUUUCACGUUGAUGUCGAUAAGAGAGGAGAAACAGUUGGGGCAAGAACCAAAGAUGCCAUCCAGAAAGGUUAUUCGUAUCUUAUCAUGAUUGGUGAUAAAGAUAUAGCAAAUGGCACUUUUGCAGUUAGAAGUCGGGAUGACAGAAAGAUUAGAAAUAUGACUUCAGAUGACAUUUAUAAAAUGUUUAUUGCAUUAGAACAAUCAUACAAAUAG